CCCAGGGCCCCUGGGCCCCGAUGGGGUGGAGCCAGGACCGGGGUGUGUGUGUGGGUACUACCUUCGACCCCCCGCAGAGCCUUCCCCUCCCCCAAACUCCCUCCGUACGUGCACUCGUGCACCAGCGCACACGCACAGCCCCGUCCGGGGCGGGGCCGGGGGCUCCCCAGGACACCUUCUCGGGCCAGGACCCCCGCCCCUCCCGGCCCGGCCCCGCCCCCGCAGCCAUUUUGCUCCGGCAACGGGCGCCGCGGGUCCAGCCUCAAGUUAAUUGGGAUUCGUGAGCAGGGAAGAGUCUGACCCCAUCACUUUGGCCUCUGUGUGAAGAGCUUCGAGGCACCAUGCUGCCCACGCUGCGCCUGGCAAGCAGGCAGCCCAGCUCCUGGGUGGGGAAUGGUGCCCUGAGCCCAGAAGAGGCCGUGCGCCACUCCCUGUCCAGCGCCAAUGAACUGCGCUGCCGACAGCUGCUGGAGGCCAGCACGGCCAGAUACCGCCACAGGGAAGCCUCUGCAGCCGUGCUGGUGCCGCUGUGCUCCGUGCAUGGAGAGCCAUCCCUGCUCUAUACGCUCCGCUCCAGCCGCCUCAUUGGGAGGCACAAAGGGGAUGUCAGUUUCCCAGGGGGCAAGUGUGACCCUCAGGACCAGGAUAUUGUCGACACGGCUCUCCGGGAGACAAGGGAAGAGCUAGGCCUGCCCAUCCAGGAAGAGAACGUGUGGGGUGUCAUGAAGCCAGUGAAUGACGGGAAGAACUUCAUCAUUGUCCCGGUCAUUGCCCAGGUGGGGCCCCUGGAGUCUCUGGACCUCAUGCCUAACCCACAGGAGGUGGAUGACAUCUUCACCAUGCCCCUGGCCCACCUGCUGCACCCCCGGAACCAGGGCUACACCCACUUCUGCCAUCAGGGCCACUAUAAAUACACGUUGCCCGUCUUCCUGCAUGGCCCCUACCGCAUCUGGGGCCUCACGGCCAUCUUCACAGAGCUCACGCUGGAGAUGCUGGUGCCGGGCACUUACCACCGCAUGACCCGCGUUGCCGGGCCGCAGAGGAGAGGAGAGACCGGGACAUAGAGGACAGAAAGUUGAGCUGUGCGGAGAAGCCAUGGAGAACUUUGCCUCCUGUGCCUUCGCGUAGCUGAGGGACCAAGCCAGCUGGGGAUCCAGGAUGGCGGGACCUCUUUGUCCUUCCCGGUCAGCCACGAGCCAGGUUUUCACACAAACAGGAAAAAGCCAGAGGUGCUGUCUGCGCUGGCCAGAGCCGUCACUCAAAGGAUCAGAGGAGUUCCUCUCUCUGCUCUCUUGGGCUGGGGCGCCGCUGAGCUCGGCCUAAUCUCACUGUCUUUACUGGCCCUGUUUGCCAUUCCUGGAACACACGUCCCAUCUCCUGACUCUGUGGCAUUGCGUGGAUGGUCUGUGGCGGUCUGUCAUGUGUUAGAAUGUCAGCUCCUUGAGGGCAGGGCCUGUUUUUUGCCUUACUUUGUAUCUCAGUGCAUAGCACAGGGAAUUGGACACAUAGCAAGCCCUUGCUAGAUGUCUGUUAACUGACUGACUGACUGACCGGAGACCUGUCCCUCCAUCGACCCCAGACAAUCAACUUAACUCCAGCACGGCUCAGUGCAAUAAAGGCUGCCUUCUUUGAUCUGAAAA